GUGUUCUGCGGCUGCUUGCUCAUUAGGGGUCUCUACGCCGAAGGUUGUCGGAAGGGUCAUCACGUUCCAAGAGAAGUAUUGGGCAAUCGAUUGGCACCUCGGUAUGAAAGUCCCCUACUAUGGGCCAAUCGUUUUCUUGCAAGAUGAGAGUGGCAGUUACUACCCAUGUGGGGGUAUCAACACUUACGCAUUUGAUAAGAACAUGCGUGACGAGGAGUACAUGAGAUUUCAUCUCACAACAUGUUUCGACAUCGAUGGUCAUGAGGUGCCUGACAACUACAAGCUCGUGUCGCUCCACGUCGAGAAGUUCCAAGGUUACGGCAUCCGCGCAGCGUUAAUGCCACCGUUCGACAAGUCAAAGAAGAAGGAUGCAUCGCAUAUGGUGAUGCUAAGGCCGUUUGAGUUCCUAAAACACGUUAAUUGCUAUAAAGUGUCGAACUGCAUUGUGACGAUUGACAACAUGCUGCAGUUGUCAACUCCCUUCGUGUCGUUCGAUCGUGAUCUUCAAGACUUCACAGACAUAGUGCGAUGUCACAAGCUGCAGACGAUGGGCCAACCCACUUUGUGGGCUACCGUCUUUGUCUGCUCGCUAAAGGCGGUAGGCAAGAGUUGUGAGGAGCUGAAAACAUCCGUCCAAAUGAGCAAAAGCGAGGCCACAUCGACACAGGCAAAGAGCGUGAGAAAGGUCAUUGCUUCACUCCAGUGAAAGGGUGUAUCUGCAAAACAGGCACAAUAAGAUGUUGAAUAUAUUGCUCGCGUUUCUUUGUAUCCAAUUGUUGGGGCCACUGACCAUGA